AUGGCCAUUCUCAUUGCCCAAUUUUUUAGGAUGUUCUGGAAUCUUUUAUGCUUUCCUUUCAAUACCGCACAUAACGACGACAGUAUGGUAGGAGAUGGUGUUGAGCGCGGCGUUGAUUAUACCGGGACACUUCCAGAAAUAAUUCUUGCAUCGAUAUUCAUCCAGGCAAGACCAUCGUCAGGCCUAAACCUCCGCAUUCAGGCCGUUCAUUCAUUGACGCCCAAUUCUCGCCGUCGCAGUUCCACUGAUCUACGACCUUGGACCAUCCUCGCGUCGAAUAUUUGCUACUGGAAGCGCAUAGACAUUGAGUUGGACAGGCAGACAGUAUUCGAUUUCCUUGAGCUUCCGCUGACAAAUGCGUCAAUGCUGGAGAAUCUGUCAAUCACGGUCGUCGUCCGUGACGCACAGGAGCUUCCCACAAAAAUCCUGGACUAUCUCCAAACGGUGAUGGAGUCGCCUACCUUCACGCUGCAAAGGUUGACAUGGGAAUGUAUUCCAGUGGAGAGUAUGACCACCCAUAGCCUGUGGGGAAGUCUGAGAGAGAUACAUCUUAAUAUGGGUCUGACUAUGGAUCAGGGUAUCGAGUUUUUGAGAAGUUGCCUCAGGGCAGAAAACAUCGCUCUAGCGUGUAUCACAACGGACUGUGUGGCAUAUAAAGAACAUGAACUCCAACUGGAAGCUGUAUAUCGAGAGCUCAUGUCAGGUGGCUUGGGCACCCUUCCACCACCGCAGCGUCGUAUGCUUCCAAACCUGCGGAGAUUGAGUGUCGGCAUGGGCGGGGUCGUAGGCGAUUGCAUACCCAUUCUCCAAUUUUUCAUUCUCCCUGCGUUGACCCACCUCGAGAUACAAUGCUUUGAUACGAGAAAACAAAGCUGGGAGUUGUUGAAGGACUUCUUGAGGAGGUCAGCUCAAAGUGCUGAAGAGCAGUGGAACAUCCAAAAAUUAUCCAUCGUAGAUCAUAACAUGGCUCAAUGGCUUGUGGAGAAAGUGUUGUCUGCACCUGGAGUACCGAAGAUUAGUUGUUACACACGGCGAGCAAUCGAUGUGCAAAAGGUUUUGGAGAAGCUGGGAUGGUCCAUGGAACUGAUUGUGCUUAAGGAUUCUUGGGGAGGAACGUGUAUAGAAUAUUCUAGCGCGGUCAUACGUCAGUGA